CUUUACUGAGGACACUAAGUUUAUACAAGCAAAUAGUUAACAUUUUUAGAUAUUUAGCCAGCUGGAUUGAAAGAACAUAAUAUCUGAAAAGUAUGUCACUGUCGGUUGAUAUUCCCGAAAUAAACAUAACAUCUGAAAAUGAAGAUAAUGAGGAGCAUUCGUCUUUACAUUUAGCGGAGCAGCUUACCGACUUGGAAGAUUUAUAUGAAGAUAAAGAGGAUGAAAGUACAGUAAUAAGCCCAAUUAAGAGAAAGAGCAAUUUAAAAAUUCGAUUACCUAAUUACGGCCCUGCAACCGAUACAGAAAAUUUUGAAACAUCUUCUGACGAGAAUGAUACAGAACCUAUUAUACAUAAUGAACCGCUCUCUCUUCAAUAUGUUGAUUUUGAAAUCCCUUUAACUGAAGAGUGUUAUCAAAAGCCUAUAAAAAAUGUUAAAGGGAAGAAAAAACUAAAAACUCAGUUUUCUACAAAACAAAGAAAUUUCUAUCAAUUUGUUUCACAAAAUAAAUGUGGAGAAGAUACAGACAGCGAAACUUACGAAACUGAACAUGAAGUAAUUGAUAAAGUACCUGAUUCGGAACUGAACUUAGGUCUAUAUCAGUGUAGAGAUUUUACACAUGAUAAUAUAGAUAAUUGUAACGAAUCACUUAGUUAUUUCGAUGAUAAUCGUAUUUCAAAUUCAAUUAGUUUACCCCUUAUAAAUUUAACUUUAACUGAUCAGGAACUAUUCACAGACACAGAAGACAUUGGCUCGGAGUUUGAUAGCAAUAAGCAAGUUAAAAAAUAUAAAAAAAGCAGACAUCGUCAUAGACCCACACCAGAUAUGGGAUUAACUGAUGUGGAAAAUAUAUAUUUUUCAGAUGAUAGUAGAUCACCAAAAAAGAAAAUUCAAAGGGUCAACCGUAAGUAUAAGAGAGCAAAAAAUCAAACUGGCUAUCAACUCUUAGAAUCAGACAACGAAGAUACUGAUUUCAUACCUUUUCCAAUUUGUAAGCGCGUCACGAGAAAAAAUAAACUUGCUUUAAAGCUUCCUUCAAAUGACGUUAUGGAUCUCACUGAUGAAGAAAACUUUCAAAGCGAUGUUGAGUUUGAUGAAAGCGAAGCUAAGGUCGUUGAUGAAAAAGCUUUGGAUGAAAGACUCAGAGAACUAGCUACUUGUUAUAGUCAUGUCAAAGAGGCUGCUAAUAAGUUAAAAAUGAAAUCUAAAUUUCGGCCGCCAAUCAAAGAUUCCGUGGCAAAUAAAUCAGAUAGUGGAGACACCGAUGAAGAUAAAUUCCAGGUAGAAAGUUCCGAUGAAUGUGAAGAAAAAUAUACACGAGACGAAAUGAGCUUUAAAAUUAAGUUUAGCGUGUUAAACUCUAACUUAGGAUUGGAAUCAAUAAGAGCUAAAGAAGAAUAUCCACCGACAGAUUAUGAAAAUAUUGACAGUUCUUCGGAUGGGGGAAUUAGACACAUACCUUAUGCUUUAGUACAAAAAGAUAUGACAGACGAAGAAGAUUUUUCUGAUGAUAAUUCUAUCACUGACUAUUAUCCAUCAGAGGUAGAACUACCUCCACCUGUAAGAAAUCUGGUUCUGGUGCAAGAAAAUGACUCUUUAGUUCCUACCAUCAAAAUAUUACCAUUAGAAUCAGAUUAUAUACAUGAAGAAAAACUAGAAAAUAUUGAAGCAAUUACUGAUGAAGAAAAUUUAUCAGAUUUUGAAAAUUCAACAAAUCUAAAUAUAAUCGAUGAGUGGAAUAGAGCUCCGACUCCUGAACUACCUAUUUUAGAAGGAGGUUCGGUAAAUGUGCUGGAAAGUAUCAACAGUGCAACUACCAAACUAUCUAUAAAAGAAUCUUGUACAGACACUGAAGAGUUAAUUUUAGAACGAAGACAAAGGCGCAAACGAGCUCCUAAAUUUAAAUAUCUUCAUGAGAAAUGCAUGAACAGUAAGAAGCUACUUACAGUAGCACCAUAUAGUGAGCCCCCUCUUACAGACACGGAAGAAGUAUAUUUAAGUGAUGGCAACAAAAUAAAACAAAAAUUCACUAAUGUAAAUAGAUUACACGUUGCACAGUCCAAUGACGGAACGUUAACUGAUACAGAACAUAUUGAUUUGUCGGACGAUCAAGAUAUACUAUCUCAAAAUAUAAAAGAAAUAAAAGAUGAAGUUGUUAUUUCGAAUAUUAGUGACAGCGAGAGUGUGUCCGGCGGUGAAGACAAUUUUGAUUUAUGAUCCAAUAGCGAAUGUAUUACCCCAACACAAAUAUGUAGUGAUAUAGAUCAGUUAUCCCUUUCUAAAGUUUAUACAAAAUCUGAUGCAAAGCCAGAAAGGGAAGUUAUGUAUUUGAAAGGAGGAGGAUAUAUUG